AUGAAGAAAAACGGUGAAGAAAAGUAUGUGUGGCCAUGGGUCGGUGUUGUAGCGAACGUACCAACGGAGAUUUUCAAGGAUCUGAAAACGCCGUAUGAGCGGAGUUUUGAACAAGACCGCCAUGGGAAGAAAGAUUGGAAGAAUAAUGGUAUUCACACGAGAGGUGAGAAACUCUAUGGAUGGGUUGCGAGAGAGGAAGAUUAUAACUCAUGGGGGAUUGUUGGGGAGAAAGUUAAGAAGGGAAGAGAUUUGAGAAGUAUCUCACAGAUUGAAGAAGGAGAGAAGAGGCAAAUGAAUCAGCUUGUUGAUUACUUGUCUCAAACCAUUGAGAAGAAUGAGAAACGCAAGGAAGUGCUCGAACAUGAAAACAAUGAGGCUUCCCUUGUUUUGGAGGGUUUGGAGUUGCACAACCUUCAGCUACACAGAACCUAUCAAGAAGGUGUGAAAAAAGAACAACAACUUUCUUUUUUUAAGUUUAGGAAAAGAAAAGCUAAUGUUCUUUUUGUCUUUGAUGAGCUGUUCGGGAAUAUGAAUCAAGAUUUAAUGACAGGAGAGAAUAUCAGAGUGAAGAGAUUAGGGCAACUACAUCCUGAAACGUUUUUGCCAGAAAUGAUGUGGAAACAUAGAGGUUCAAUAUCAAGAGCAGAGAAUGAAGGUGCAGAGUUAUGCUCAUUGUGGGAAGCACAAAUCGGAGAUGUGCAAUGGCAUCCGUUUAAAAUCCUUGAGUCUGAUAGACCACCAAACACUACAAGAAAAAGGGGAUAUUGUUACGAUUUUUUCUGUCACAAUAAGCAAAAUUUCGUAACAAUAAAAUCAUAG